GGAUCAGUUAAUGGCGCGACUUCAACGAAGCAUAACGUGUAUAUAAAUUCGAGGAAAUUGUGUUUCGUUUCGUCUCUCAACAAAAAGAUGGCUUUGAGAAUGGUAUUCUUUGCAGUUUGGUCGCUACUGCUGUGUUUUGAUUACGUGGUUACAACGAAUAUUUAUACUGUAAGAAAACUUAGACAGGCUAGGACACUGUUAUAUCCCCCCACUGCGCCAACUCGUCUACAAUUCAUUGGCGGCAUCGGUAUACCCGUUGAAGAUCUAACCUUUGAGUCGGUCACCUCUGGUUAUGUACUAAAGGCGGAAUACUUUCUGCCCGAACGGGCGGAACAAUGGCAUCCCACAUACUUGAAGCCACAAUUGGUGAAUAGACGCAGCUUGGGCGACAAUGAUUUUGACAAUAAUACAACCGCGCAUGCGCAUAGGGCCAAUGGCGCUCAGCAAAGUGCCAGUUUCCACACUAAUUUGCAGGGUAAACAGCGAACCGCUGCGGCGUAUCGUUGGCUCAUCUACAAAGCUAUGGAAAUCUUAAUGAAUAGAGCAGGGCUGGCGGGGCGUGAAUGUAUGCUGCGUAGCAUUUGUGAGCAUGCGGCGGUGCCUUUGCACUAUGAUAGCGGUAUUUUGGGAGAGAUAUUGCAUAUUAUUUUGACUCCUUCCCGUUCACGUGAUGAAUUCGUUCACCCGCAAGACAAGGAUUAUGGACGUGCGGAACGCAUUGGUCGUAAAGGCGGUGACUGUGCUGUCACUUAUGCCGAGUGUGCCUAUGCGCCCAUAGAACAAAUUACAACAAUAUUAGAGCUGGAUGAUUAAAAAUAAAAAAAAAAAUAACAUUAA